AUGUUAAGAACCACAAGAAACUUUCCUUACUUUCUAAAUAGCAUAAAACAUAAUGAAAUAUUCAAACACAACAGAUCAGUGUCUUAUGUGCAAGGACAAGAACCUGAGCCAAAAAUCCGAGAAUAUUUUUAUUUUAUUGAUCAUCAAGGCAUGUUGUUUUUAGAUGACUCCCGGAUGAAAAACUUCACAUCAUGCUUCAAAGAGAAAAAGUUUCUAAAAUUCUUUUUUAACCAACUCAAAUUGAACAAAACAGAUAGAUAUCCUGAAUUCCCAUAUUUAUCACUCUGUGGCAGAGAGAGAAACUUUGUCAGGUGUGAUGAUUAUCCAAUUGUAUUCUCAACAGUUGUUCAAAAAGAAAAUAAGGACGGUAUUUGCGAAUACCACUUGACACACAAUAAUACAGAUGAAUUACUAUGGAAGUUUCAACCAGAAAUGAUUUUUAUGCUGCCUGAAACAGGAAGAGUAUAUCAUCCAGCAGCUGAUAAAGUUGGACAAGUUGGUCUUGUGAAAUCAAAACUUGCAAUUGAAUUCAGUAAACAUUUCACAUUUGAUGAUGGUGAGAACAACCCACCAACACAUUUUGAAUUCAAUGGCAUUAACUACAAGUUGAAUAAUCAGUGGUUUGUGAAUGCAAUUCGAAACAAACCAAUGCCAAUAAUUAAAAAAGAAUAAGUUAACGAUUUAUUGCUGCGACGUCGUAAUUAUACGUCGUAUAAAUAACAAUCAUACAAUAUGUGAAUAUAUUAAAAAUGUUUCAUUACUGUAA